CGGGACGAGGCAUUCUGCUCCAAUCAUGUCCGCCCGAACACGAGUAUGUUCGUCACAGCUCAACACGCAUCACCAAUUCGCCGCUAACUCCAGCAACGCAAGAUGUUGCCCCGCCUGCAUGUCGCAAAUGCUUCGUCGAACCUGGAUAGCACCUGACGAUGCUUGAGGCGCGGCUUGCCGUCCCUUCUCUAAAAAAGAGUAAUGAGGGGCGGCGCGCGAAGGGCCUCUGGUAGUAUUAAUAUCGCUGCUGGCUAUCAAUGUUGCGCAUCGCAACCUUUCACCUACAGACUCGUGGUCGCGUGCCUUUCCACUCUCGUUCCUCAGCUCGCUAAUCCACCAACCUUAGCUUCACAAGUUGGCUUGGCGACUCCGAUUCCUUCACGAGUCGUGAUGCCACUCCGCAACCCCCUCCUCGCUGCCCCCCUCGUCCUGCUCGCCCUGCUCCUCGCUGCUGAAGGGGCUCGUUUGAGGCACGUACCCCGCCCACGGAGGAUGCUCCAGUCGCUGGGGACAUGCUCCGAGCAGCACGGAGCUACUAUGCUCAAAACGUGUGUGCUUCUAUCGGUGUCUGACCGAGGCGCGGAAUGGCAGGAUGCGCGUGAGACGGAACAGGGUUGCAGCGCGCGCUCGGGUCCCAAGGAUAAUACAUGUGACACGGGGAUUGACACAUGCAACGAGCUGUAACUUAGCGCUGCAACGAGGCAGACUCCACCUUCCACCAGGCUCACUUCUCGCCAGAUUACUGCAUUCAACCAAGCAGUCAAAGAAAUGCACUGCACCGUAUCUGCAUCUAGCUGCCUGUCAGAAGGGUCCCUUAACCCUCUCAGGUUGAUUUUGCACUACUGUAAGCUGCAUAACAUUGAAUUUAAUACCUUUCAGGUU